AAAAAAAAUCAAUAUUUUUUAAAAAGAACAACAAAAAAUAACAACAUCAAUAACAGCAACUACAACAAAUAUAGGAAAUAAAGAGUAUUUGAUAUUGGGAUUGAAUUAACAAAUUAAUUUAUUAAUUUAAAUUAAAAAAAAAAAAAAAAGAAAUGAAAUUAAUAAUAUUUUUAAUUAUUUUAAUUUUAAGGAUCAAUUUUAUUUUAUCAUUAUGUCCUAAUAAUUUUAUUCAUUCACAAAAUAGAUGUAUUGGAUUUGAAAAUGGAAUUUCCAAAUUAAAAAUAAUUUCUUGUCAUGUUAAAACCAGCUCAAAUAAAGAUAUAAUUAUAGGUGUAUUAAAAAAUCCAUUUGAUAAUUUUACAAAUAUCUGGUUUCCAAAACAAAACGAUCAAUUUAAUUAUUUAAAUAGUUUACCACACUAUCCAGAGACUGAUGAAGAAACAUGUAGAAAUAAAAUAGGGAAUUUAGAGUUUAUAUCGAUUUUUAAAACACAAACAAUAGACUUAACAAAAGAACUGUACAGAUACAAAUGUGAAGAAAAAUAUAAAUACAUUUACUUUUCUCCAACAAUCAACCCACCUUGCCAGGAUUAUACAUAUUUUCAAUUUAACAAACCAUAUAAUUCAAUUUUUUCAACAGUUUGCGACGAAUAUGAUGAAGAGCCUUAUAUAAUCCAAGAAAGAAGACUUUGCCAACAUGAACCUCUAUUUAAUCAAACAAUUGAAAUUGGUUCGCCUAUAUCCUAUGAUACAAAUUGUAAUCAAAUAUGCAAGCAUGGUUUUUGUAAAAAUUCAGAAUGCCAGUGUUAUAGUGGAUGGUCUGGUGAAGGUUGUAAUAUUAAGAAAUGCUCAAACAAUACCGAAUGCAAUGAUAUUUUUAAUAGUGAAUGCUCGAGUAGUGAAUCAACCUGUAAAUGUAAAAAGGGAUUUGUAGAAACCAAUGGUAUUUGUCAAGAUGAAAACGAAUGUUUAUUAAACCCAUCACCAUGUAACCCAAAUUACUCAAACUGCAUCAAUACUAUACAGUCCUACAAAUGUGAAUGCAAAAAAGGAUUUUUAAAACUAAAUACAAGUAGCAACAGUGAAACUGAAAUAAAGUGUCUAAAUAUUGCCUCAUCCCCCAAUUCAUAUGCAUGCAAAGAUGGUAUAUGUGAAUGUAAAAGUGGUUUUAGCUUUAACAACUCCACCUAUAAAUGCGAAGAUAUUGAUGAAUGCAAGUUAAACUUAUUCAAAUGCGAUGCUAAACAAUUUUGUGACAACACAAAUGGAUCAUACCAAUGCAAGUGUAAUCAAAAUUAUAUAUUAGUCAAUAAAGAAUGUGUGCCUUUCCCAAGAAUAUUCUCAAUCAAGUCACUAAAGAAAGGUUAUCUUAAAAUAGAUUUGGGAAACUCAUCAAUCAAUUAUAGUGAUGGUAUUUCAGCUUUUUUCUUUUCGAAUGAUGAUGACUAUAACGAUCCAGAAUACAACUCUAUACCAUGCAAAAACCUUAGUUAUACAUUUAACAGUCAAGAAAACUAUAUAGAAUGUUCUCUAAUACUAAAUAUAGACUACAAUGGUUUAUCAUUUUAUUUAAAACUAAAUGAUAAUGUUACAACAGUUCUAUUGUUCGAAAACAUCAGCUUACCUUUUAUAAAGUCAAUAGAUAAUUCUCCAACUCUAGGUGGCCUCAUCAAAUUUGAACUAAAUUAUAAAAACUUUACAAUAGAUCAGCUCCAGGUCAAAGAUGAAAACUAUCAAAACAAUUCAAAUUUAUUUGAAAUCAAAUCAUUAAAAAAAAACAUUGUAUCAAUGAAUGUUUCUCCAGGUACUGGUGUUUUGCCCUUUAAUCUUUUAGUAGACAAUCAAGCAACUACAGACGAGUUAUUUUAUUCUUACCAAGUCCCUUUUAUUGAAAAUUUCACAACUUCAAAUAUUAAAACUGGAGGUAAUAUUACCAUUUGUGGCAGUAAUUUUGGUCAUAAUUUAUCUGAAAUCAAUGUAACGUUAAAGAAUCAAGAUUCAAACUAUAAGGUCGAAUGUAUAAACGUUCAAUUAUUAAAAGAAGAUUCAGUCUUAAGAUGCUUUAUACCUCCAUCAAAUUUCUCACAACAGUUAUUAUGGGUCAAGGUAAAUGGUCUAGUUUCAAAUAAUUUAAUAUACUUUUAUUACAACAAAGAUGACUCACUAUAUAAUUGCGAUUCAAAAAAGACUUGCUCAAACCAUGGUCAAUGUAAUUUGGGGCAAUGUAAAUGUGAUGAUGGAUGGAUAGGUCCAAACUGCAACGAAAAAGAUGAAAAUAAUCAAUUAAUAUCAAAUGCAAAAAUAGGACAAACCCUUAUUCAAGAGUUUAAUAAAGACAAACCCACACAGGAAAUUAAAACUAAAAACGGAACCCACUUUUUAUUUGGUAUGAAAUCUUUAAUUGAAUAUAGCAGCGAUGGAAUAAUUGUUGAAGAAGUUAAACUAGACUUACAAGCGGAUUGGAAUACAGGCGAAACUAUUAGAGACAAUAAAAUAGGUAUAAUUAAAACGUACAACUCAACAUUAUUCAACUAUGCAAUCAUUAGGUUAACAUUUAUUGAACCUUUUAAUUUAAACAAAGAUUCAAAUAUUGCAGAAUUAGAAAGUGACACUGUUCAACUAUUAAUAAAUAUAGAAUCAUGGCCAUUUCAAUCUAGAACAAAUUAUUUAGAUAUUAUAAUGGAAAGUCAAAAUUUAAUUACUGAUAAAGAAAGACCACAUUGUCGUACCACCUCAUUUACAAAAUACAGUCAAUCACCCUGGAAAUUUGAUAAGUCUCAGGCCGAUCCAUCUAAUAAUACAGAAAUCAUUUGGUACCUAACUACAAAUGACUAUGUUUCCCUAUUUGUAUCAUUUGUAAAUAAAAUUAAAAUCGAUUCAAAUGUCAGAACCAUUAAAAUAUUAAAGAAACCAAUACCCCAUAAUCCAGGUAACAAUACAAUCAAUGUAAUAUUAAGAAUUCCUUAUUUCAAUCAAUCAAUAUCAAUCGAUCCAACAGACUACAAAAUUAUUUCAAAUGAAAAACCUUAUAUAAAUGAAAACCUAUCUUGCAAAGUUGAGAAAAUCAAUGAUAAGGGUUCUAAAAAACUAAUUAUUUCGGCCAUAGGUUUCCUUGUGGGUAUUUUAGUUUUAUUUUCUGGAGUUUCAAUUACCUGGUAUAUAAUUCGUAAAAGAAAUUUAAAAAAAUUAAACGCAACUAUAACUAAUAAGGAAAAGACUCCUCAAACCACUCAACAACAAUAAUAUUUAAUCUUAAAUAAUAGUUUUAUUUAAUUUUAAUAAAUAAUUUUUUUUUAAAAAACC